AUGCCGCCGUCCCGCCUUCUCACUUCCCGCUUAGCUCGCCGGAACCCUAGCCCGAUUCCCUCACCCGACCAUCUUCCUACCUUCCUCUCCGCCAUCUCCGCUUCCUGUCACCGCCGAGCCAGCAACAAUGACGUAACCCUCCUCCUCUCCUCUUCCCCCUCCGCCAUCACCGACCUCCUCUCCUCCUUCUGCCGUGCCGGCCUCCUCUCCGAAGCCCGCCACCUCCUUCUCUCCCUCAAGUCUCCCACCGCAUUCCACUACAACACCGUCAUCCACUCUCUCGCGGUCUCCAACCAGGCCUCCGACGCCGUUCGCCUGUUCGAUGAUAUGUGCUCUCGAGGUGUCGCCCCCAACGCCGCCUCCUUCACUAUUGUGGUAAAAAUCCUAUCUUUCUAUCUUAACGAUGUCGAUUCCGCUAAUGAAGUCUUUCAAUCCAUGUCUCGCUACAAAGUCGCCCCCGAUCCCGUCGCUUACUCAACCCUCAUCGCUGGGUUCUGUCGCUUUGGCAGGAUUCAAGAAGCCUGUAAGGUGCUUGAUGGAAUGUUUGAACGACAAUGCACUCCUAAUAUCAAUGCUUUCACUUCAAUUCUUCGCGCGUACUGCAUGAAGGGGAUGAUUGGAGAAGCGAAAAGGUUGAUUUUUUUCAUGGAGAAGAAUGGGUUUGUUCCAGAUACCAUAAUUUAUAGUGUUUUGAUUGAAGGAUUGUGUCGAAUUGGAGAGUUUGAUGAGGUUGAGAGGGUCUUGGGGGAGUGUGAUUUGAAGGGAUGGAAGCCUAAUGAGGUCACUUACAAUAGUUAUAUGAAUGGUCUUUGUAAAUGGGGCUGGGUAGAUGAGGCUUUUAGGCAGCUGGAGGCUAUGCAGAGUAGGGGUUUGUUUCCGGAUAAUGUGACCCUGAGCAUUCUUUUUGAUUGUUUGUGCCGUGAUGAUUCAAAGCUAUGGACAGCAAAGUGCUUGUUGGAGAGAAAUACUGAACUGGGAUGGUAUGUUGAUGUGUACUUCUAUAAUUCCUUAAUGAAUAGGCUUUGUGAGACUGGAAAUUGGUCCAGUGUUUUGAAGUUGUUGACGGAUAUGAUGAAGAAGGGAAUUGACCCGAAUACCUGUACGUUUACAAUUGUUAUUCGCAGCCUUUGUUUAGCUGGGAAAUUUAAGAAAGCGAUUUGUAUUAUUUGCAGUCAAGGGUUUGAUGCUGAUAUUGUGGCAUUUAAUACUUUGAUUCAUCGGUUAUCCAUGGCGGGGAUGGUGGCUGAAGCUCAGCUUAUGUUUGGUAUGAUGAAUGGACAGAGCAUUAUGCCCAACGAGUUCACAUAUUGUAUGAUGAUUGAUUGCCUUUGUAAAUCAGGAUACUUUUGUGAGGCUAUUAAGUGUGUAUUAUCAUCCCUCAAAGGAAGGGCUUUUGCCUAAGAAAGGAGUUCAACAAAGUGGGUUUGAUUCUUGACAAAAUGCUUGGAAUAAGAUAGCUGUUCCAGAGUGACAGUUUGCUACCUUGAACAUUCAAUUUUGAUUUGAUCACAGAAUAGGCCUCUAUAGCAGGGAAAAGAAGAAAUACUUCACUGUAUGACAUCCAGAGUCAAUUGUCAUCAGGUGCACCUGAAAAGAGAAAAUUGCCAUCUCGAACACAAUGUUGGGGGAGGGUUGCAUGUUUCACAAGUUGAGGUAAAUAUGUUGUCAAUUUUUGUAUAGGAAAACAUCUUCAUUCAUUUUUGCUCCUUGUUGUCAUGCAUUGCUUUAAUGUUGACAGCAUAUACUUUCUUGUUAGGUAUGGAGUGCCACUGUUUGAAUCAUGGCAUUUCCCUCUGAGUAGGUUUUUUCUUCUCCUCACUAGUGAUUGUCUCUAUGGCUGGUACUUUUGAAUGACAUGAGAUCUGUAGGCAUUGUUGUAACUCCAUAAGUAUCCAUUAGCAGAGAAAAUUCACUUGUAAUUAGUGGAAACAACCCUCCUUAAAAAAUUAGGAGUUGAUUUUUUUUUUUUUUUGGGGCAUAUAUACUUUGUAAAAUCUCAUAAUUUCAAGAGCACGGCAAUAGGGCUUUAUUCAGCUUUUGUAUUUGAUUUCACAAGAUGUGUUUUACUAUGUAAGAACAAAAUUAGUCCUGAAUAAGGAAAAAGAACUAAAAAAAUUUAAUUUGCA